UAGUGUUGCAAGUCUUUGUGCAUCACAUCUUUCUUUUUGUACUUCUCGUGACCUGAAUAAGUUUGUAGACUUUUUUUCUGACAAAAUAAUGAUGACUACAUAUAACACAACAUGUGAGUCAAACAGGUACUUGCUUAUGUAAAACUGAUCGUAUAGCCCUCUGAGUAUGAAGAUUAACCACAGACUUAUCUGUGUAAACAUUUCCUGAAGCUCUACCACCUAGAAAUAGCAGCCUUUCUUCCUCUUUUACAUCUCUGACUUGAAGCUUACCACUUACAAGGCUUGGAUUAUGCAUGUGCUCAUAUUGAUUCUCCUUUUUGCUGUAGGUGCCUGUGAAGAAGUGUAUAGGCAGAAGCUGACAUGUCCCUAUGAGUUAAAGAACGAGAGCCUGCAGAGGGUUUGGUGCAGGCAGAGCUCGGCUGACUGUUGCACCGGCUUCACCUUCGGCGAGAGCGCCCACGUCUUGGAUGGAGGCAAACUGGAGGUUACUCAAGGCUUGGGCUCUUUCAUUGUGUCAGUGCUGGUGCCCAGCCAUGGAGAGGGAGUGUACUGGUGUGGUUUGCUGGGUAAAAAUAACACCAUCAUCAAGGUGGCUGAGGGCUAUCUUCACCUCUCUGCAGCCUCCGGUCAUCACAUCAGCAUCUGGAGCAUCAUUCGCUGGAUUUCGUUGCUUUUGUUGCUCAUGGUGACCACAUUCGCCAACCUUUACUCCAGAGCAACAUCCAGACACAUGUUCAAGAAAGAAGAGGAGCUUUAUGAUGAUAUCGAUAUUCCACAGAUUGAAGAAGCAAUCUAUGAACUGGAGUGACUCAUCUGGAUUUCAAAACCCUUACAUUUCUUAUCACCGAUUAGCUCAUGUUGUGACCUUCUUAUCAAACCAUCACACGAUAAUAAAAUGUGCUUAUGUAAACUACUCUUACUGGGCUGAACAACACUGAAUAAUGAAAUGUAAGCUACUAGCCGUGUAAAAGGUAACAGAGUGGAAAUGUUAAGAAAAGUUAUUUCUGGAGCACCGGAUAGCCUGGCGUUUAAGUAGUGGUUUCGAGACCAGCAGCGUCUCUUUGCUGCAUGUCGUUCCCCUGUGUCUCCCCCAAACAUUUCCUGUCUCUCUUCAACUGUCCUACCUAAUGAAAGCAAAACAUAUCUUUAAAAAAAGAGGAUGUUUCUGAAGCAGCCUGUGUCUGACACCUCCCCCGCUGCAGGCGUGACAUGCAUAUAAAACAAACAAAAAAUCUUCA